AUGGCCGAAGGUCUUUCCGAGGGAGGGAGCGGGAGUUUGGUUCUCAGCAAGCUCUCAGCUCCCACCGUUAGUCGUUUUCAGCCCGUCGGACGCUGGUACGAGUCGCGUGCUCGUCACGUGCGCCUGCUCAGCGGGGGGAGCAGUGGAGGCGGGGUCGUGGGAGAGAGUGAGGAGGAGGGGGAAGAGGGGAGGGGGGACGAAAUCAAUCCUCUUCUCUUAGACCCCACACAAUGGAAGGACCAGGAUCACUACGUACUUCUGGGUCUCGGGAAACUAAGGUGGCAGGCCACUCAACAGGAUAUCAGAAAGGCAUAUCGUCAGAAGGUGUUGGUUCACCAUCCUGACAAGCAGCAGCAGUCGUCAGGGGAGGGCGAGGGGGACGAUCACUUCAAGUGCAUCAAGAUAGACUCUGCGUUUGAAGAAGUCAACACUUUCUACACGUUCUGGUACAACUUUGAGUCGUGGCGGGAAUUCUCUUACAUGGACGAGGAGAACCUGAAGAAGGCAGAGAAUCGUGAUGAGCGGCGAUGGAUGGAGAAACAGAACAGGGCCGUGAGACUGAAGAGGAAGAAAGAAGAAACAACUCGUAUUAGAACACUUGUGGACACGGCGUACUCACUGGAUCCGAGGAUCAAGAGGUUCAGGGAGGAAGAGAAGGCGGAGAAGGAGGCUCGCAAGAGAGCAAGAGCUGAGGCUGCCAGACAAGAGGCCGAGGAGAAAGAAAGAGUGGAGCAACAGAGGUUGGCGGAGGCGAGGGAGAGGAGGGAGAGGGAAGAACUGGCAAACAAGGCACAGGCUGCGCAAGCCAAGAAGGAGAAAGAAGCGGCCAAGAAGGGGGAGGUGGUCGCCGGGCGACUGGAGGACCUGGAGGCUCUGUGCGAGUCCCUCUCUCUGGAGCAGCUGCAGGGUCUGAAUGAGAGGCUGAGGGGAGGGAGGGAGGAAGAGGGGAGGACUGCUGUGGAAGAGGCUCUGCUGGUGAAGAGACAGAGAGAAGAGGCAGAGCUGGCUGCCCAGGCUAGAGUAAGUCAGACUGGUGCUCAAGGACAGGGAGGAGGAGGAGGGGGAGGAGGGAGAGGUGUUCUGUCCGACAAGGACUGGUCCAGAGAAGAGGUGCAGCUGUUGGUAAAGGCAGUAGCUCUGCACCCGUCUGGCACUAACAAGAGGUGGGAGGUCAUUGCUGGAUUUGUCCAUGAUCACUCCAAGGAAAGGGGGACCAGACCUAAGACACCCAAACAGGUGAUCCAGAAGGUGAAGAGUCUGCAUAAGUUGGAGGCCUCUCAGAGAGACUCUGAGAAUUGCCAGGCCUUCACCGAGUUCCAGCAGACACUCAACUCCAGAACACCUGUUGUGGAGGCCACACCCACCGAGAGAUAUGAUAGACUACCGUGGACAACAGAUGAGCAGAAGUUGCUGGAGAAGGCCCUCCGGACCUACCCAGCCAGCACGGCCGAAAGAUGGGAGAGGAUUUCCGAGAUGGUUGGCUCUCGCUCCAAGACAGAGUGUGUCGCCAGAUGCAAGGAGCUGGUGGCUAGAGUCAAAGCAAAGAAACAGUCGUCCUGACAGAAAUCACAGCUCUCAACUUAAUUCUCAAUCUUCUGCUAUUUAUUAUGAGACGAGCUUGUGAUACAAAACUCUUCAUGAAUUCACAAUAAUUUCUGUGAUAUGAUAAUUAUGUUGGGUUACGAAGAUCUGCAGUGUACUAUGAUGAUGCUUGACCAGAUCCUAAGACACAGGAUUGUCUUUGAAAUAGAUGACGUUCCAUGACCCGUGCUUCUUGAGUAUAGUGUUUGUCCGGUGUUCUUCCUCCUUCCUCAUCUCCACGUGGAUCUCUCCGCACACUGGCAGAACAGCCACUUUCCCCACCGACAUUCGAGAUGCCACUAACAGCCUUGUGUCCUCCAGCAAGUCUUCUGCCUGCCCCUCUUCCUGCUGGACCACAGGCUCCACUCUGGAGCGAGUCUCAUCUUCUGGUAUAGCAGGUUUACAGACUGCUGGAUUAGCUUGUACUUGUUGCUGUUCUGAUGGAAGUCCUGAGUCGUUGUCCGAUGGACGAGACACUCUCCGCAGUUUCAUGUGAGUGAGAGGUCGCGACAGAGAGUGCACGUGCUUCGUCCAGUUGUGGUUUGUCGUGUACAACUUGCUGGACUCCUGACAGCGAAAUACUCCGUUUUUCUUUUCACCACCUCCCGACUUGGUAGGGGUGGAGGUGCAUUGAGCCGUACGGUCAUCACAGGUGGUGU